AUGAUGGGGGCUGAGAAUUCCACCUCUGCCACAGAGUUCGUCUUGGAGGGAUUGUCCAACCACCGCAAGACACAGUUUCUACUCUUUGGGGUCAUCCUUCUGACAUAUUUACUCACCGUAGCGGGGAAUGCUGCGGUCAUCUUGCUCGUCCAGUCUGACUCUCGCCUCCAUACGCCCAUGUACUUCUUCCUCAUGAACCUAUCAACCAUAGAGAUCUGCUAUGCUACCAGCACGGAGCCACAGAUGAUGGCUCACCUCCUGGCAGGGAAUGGAAUCAUAUCCUUCACUGGCUGUGCACUCCAGGUGUUUGCUGUAUUGAUCAUGGGCACUGCAGAAUGCUUUCUGCUGGGCGUCAUGGCCUAUGACCGGUUUUUGGCCAUCUUCCAUCCCCUGACGUAUGCCGUCGCCAUGAGCAAGUAUCGCCAGUGGCAACUUGCCUGUGCUUGUUGGACAGCGGGCAUCCUUUUUAGCAUGAUAUAUGUGUGCGUGACUUUUCGCCACUCCUACUGCGGCUCUAACCACAUCAACCACUUCAUAUGUGAGAUGCCGGUGGUGCUGAAACUCGCCUGUGAUGACACUCGUGUUUCACAGGCCAUUGUUUUCAUCAUGGCGGCUGUUGUCCUUGUGAUUCCUGUCUUUGUCGUCCUGACUUCCUACGGGUUCAUACUGUUUUCGGUGGUAAAAAUGCGAUCAACCACCAGUCAGCGCAAAGCCUUCUCCACGUGUGCUUCCCACCUUGUUGUUGUGACUGUGUUCUAUGGCACUGUCAUUUCUAUGUACUUAAUUCCCCGGUCAAACCCCCCUUCCAAUCAUGAUAAACGGAUUGCUGUGUUUUACACGGUGGUCACCCCUCUGCUCAACCCUGUCAUUUAUACCCUGCGGAACAAGGAUGUCCACGGGGCAGCGGCCAAAGUGCUGCGAAGACAUCAUUUAGAGCCGAAAAUCUGA